CGGCGUUAGAGUUCGACGACGACGACGACGGGGUUUCGUGCGGUGCUCGCGCGAGCACCAAGUCCAAGUCCUAAACUCGGUUCGAAUAUAUUAUAGAUCGAUUUUUCCACUUAAACAUUAAGUAUAUAACAAAUCCACCUUGUCUACUCUAGAGACCUCCUCAGACUUGCCAGUGAGUGGACACUUAAAUAAUUAAAUAAAUAAACCAACUAUUUAAUUACAAUAAAUAAUUAUCGAUUUGACAGUGAUGUGUGCUAUUGGUGUCUAGUUCAUCUGAAAGCAUCCAAAUCAUCCGGGCAAAUUGGUGUUGAGGCAUGUAGGCGACGAGAGCACGGACCAGAACAAUAACAUCACAAUGACGAGCGAGGAUUUGUUACAGCCAGGCCAUGUGGUCAAAGAACGUUGGAAAGUUAUGAGGAAAAUUGGCGGCGGUGGCUUUGGUGAAAUUUAUGAAGGCCUUGAUUUACUGACCAAAGAGCAAGUCGCUCUGAAGGUUGAAUCUGCGCGGCAACCGAAGCAAGUUCUUAAAAUGGAAGUUGCCGUCUUAAAAAAGCUCCAGGGCAAAGAUCACGUGUGUCGGUUUAUAGGCUGCGGUCGUAAUGACAGAUUCAACUAUGUGGUGAUGCAGCUGCAAGGUAAAAAUUUAGCGGAAUUAAGACGUGCGCAGCCUCGUGGUGCCUUUUCUCUGUCAACAACUUUGCGACUCGGAUUGCAAAUUUUAAAAGCAAUUGAAAGUAUUCACCAAGUGGGCUUCCUCCACCGGGACAUCAAGCCGUCAAACUUUUCUAUUGGCCGUCAUCCGUACAAUUGCCGAGUUGUCUAUAUGUUAGAUUUCGGACUUGCUCGCCAGUUUACCACUGGAACUGGUGAAGUUCGACCCGCACGUGCUGCGGCUGGUUUCCGCGGCACAGUAAGAUACGCUUCAGUAAAUGCUCACCGAAAUAAAGAGAUGGGAAGACAUGAUGAUUUGUGGUCACUAUUUUAUAUGCUUGUGGAAUUUGUUAAUGGACAAUUACCUUGGCGAAAGAUUAAAGACAAAGAACAAGUGGGAAUUUUGAAAGAAAAGUAUGACCAUCGUUUGUUACUCAAACACCUUCCAUCAGAUCUCCGGCUCUUCCUGGAACACAUUCAGAGUUUACAGUAUGCGGAUAAACCUGAUUACGCUAUGCUGGCUGGUCUGUUUGAAAGAUGUAUGAAACGUCGAGGUGUAAAACUUAACGAUCCUUACGAUUGGGAAAGACCAUUAAUAGCUAAUGAAGGUUUGCCAACUACGAGGUCACUGCCUACAGUAACGGCACCGCCUGCCCUUACGACAGCGACGACUAUCAACCAGCCACCGACUACACCUAAUGUAGACACAAAUAACCAAGAAAAUGUUGAGCCAGACAAUCGAAAGGAAGCAAAAAUGGACAUUGAAAGCUUAUGCAGGCUGCUUUUGGGCCAUGACGGAUCACCAGUUCCAUUUACAUCGGCAAUAAGUAAUAACCAUGGACGGGAUAAAAAUUGCAAUGCAACGAUACAGAUUACGGACAAUACACAUCAGCAGGCUGGACAACAAGUUGCCUCGACUCCGCCGGUCCAGGGCUCACCUAAGAAACGACGCGCUGUGUCGAUGGCUGUCGAGCCGCAGUCUCCAGUUCCCCCGGUAGAAAAACCCGUUGAUAAUGAAGGUGACGCUCUGAUGGCAUCAGCUCGUUCAGCGUCAGAAGUCCCGCGUUCAAAGCCUGUUGCCAAUGCCGCUGCGCCGUUGAGGAAAUCCGCGAGCGGCGCGACCUUCGCAAGACUCCGUGUCGUCGCUCUACCAGAGACCAACGCCACCGGGGAACCUCCAAGUCCAAGGAUACAAACUGACGUCGACGCUUCCUACUGCUCUUACGAUGUUACAAAUACUAAGCAGGCGGGAAAUCAAAGCCCAGUUACGGAACAGCGUGAGCCAUUACGAAGAGAGCCCCGCAGACGCGCGAGAACAGGACGCUCGGCUAUGCGAGACUGUUCAAUAACACAAUUUGCACAAAUUGAUGAUGACAACGUAUCUGCAUUACAGCAAGUGACACGAGGCGGCGGGGGUCUCACACUAGCGUCCCAGUGGAAGUCACAGUUUGACGAUUCCGAGGAGACUGACAAUGAAUGGAAGGGAGAAAAUUUACAGAGUCCGGAGCAUAAAGGCGUCGCGCCGUCUAUUGUUCCUCAGUCCACAGUUGAUAGCGAAGCAGCAGCAACAGCAACUCCGGUAGCUGGGGGAUGUCAAGAGCCAAAGAGCCCGCAAGCUCAGGCUUCAACUGUAACACCCAGUGCGUCUCUGCAACAAGCAGCACUUGCUGUCCAGACGGUGCUCUCGCGAAUAAGCGAAGACUCACCUCGGCCUGGACCCCAUCACAGAUGUCUAAAUAUCACGGGAAUAGAAAAUUAUCCAGAGCUUCAAGGAGCUUUGCCAAGAGCAUGGAGCGUGCCGGCGCUGGCGUCACACGUUCGUGCUCAUCUAGAAGCACCUCUGGUCCAACAAGCUGCAUUUGACGAUUUGUUGUAUGAAGUCGAUGUGAUGUGGAAUGUCGCAAUGCGAUACGAUGAACCUAAAGAAAGCCCAACACACAGACGUUCAAGUGUUCCAGCUAUUGAAUUUGCAUCACCAGUACUUCCAGGGACUCUAGCUGGUGAUGAAGAAGAGCAAGCUGUUGCAGGAAGAUUAGAGAUUAGGGUCGUUGAUUCCACUGGAGGAGCUACGGUUGUACAAACAACUGCAGAUAAAGAGCCACUACAAAAAAAAUUAACGAAUGGCACAGCGGGUAGCCCAGCUAGUCCAAAUCCCGGGCCCGAUGAGCCUUCGAUAUACUACGACGCUACAGAGAGCCGUGUAAACACAAGUAAUACAUCGGCAAAUAAACCAGUAACAGCACCGACACCACCAAAUUCAAAUUCGGUGACACCACGUGAACCCAAAGACAAUAAAGACCGCGAUACUUCAAGGCCACACAGCGCUUAUAGUAAAAUACCCGUGCCCGUUAAAAGUCCACGUUGCUCUCUGUCAGAAUCGACGCCCGAUGCAAAUACUCCCAAUACUAAAACUGGUACGGGCAGUGAACUCGACAAAUCACCCACCACAUCAACUCAAUUGAAGGAUAAAGAUGUCGCAACCAAAGGCAAACUGAUCACAGUACAUGCAACGGAGACACCUCAGCUACGGAGAUGCGCGACGUUACCGGAUGCCCGACCAAGUCCAGUUCCACCUUUGACGUCUACCAGCUCAACGGAGGACGAAAAUUUAACAGGAUGCACGCCGGCUUUGAGACGACGUCGACAAAGUGAAAAAUAUGUAACCCAUGCCAGUCAACUUAAUCUGCGAUUUCAAAGACCGCAACGACGGAGACCCAGUUCCGAGGUCUUGUCGAAAUUCUAUCCCCGAGGUGUACCCUCGUACCUACUCGAAGCAGGUAAAAGAAACGAGGAGAGCAGUGACAAUGAUUCAGACAGCAGUGGCCCUCCAAAUACACAACCACCACCUCCGCCUUCGUCGCUGCCGCCUCAUGUGGCUGAAAAUAAUGCUAGAUGUCGAAGAUUCAGACCAGUCCCAGACACAGCGGUAGUUAGCAGAGAAUCGUGAGGGGUGGUGAUCUGAAUCUGCAUUGGUCUUGAUUCACAUAAAAAAAUAUUAAUAAUAAUAAUAAUAUUGAAUACAAACACAAUAAUAACAAAGUUCUACCACAGCCAACUAGGAAUGUGAUACCUUUUUGGAUCAAAUAAGUAUAAUAGAGCUUUUUUUAGUAACUGUUUUACAGUAAUAAUUAAUUCAUUACUUUAUUUAAAUAACUACUAAUAACAAUAAUAAAUAAAUAAACAAUAAUAAUCUUAAUUGGCUGGCGGGAAAUCGAAAUCUUCCCUGCGGUCACAUCAGGAGAUUGAAUGUGGAUGUCACUGUACUUAUUAAUGUAUGUGGAUUAAUGCAGUGUGAUUUGUUGUAAUAACUAUUAUUAUUAUUAUUACUAUUAUUAAUUGUAACAGUUAUCGAAACGAGAUUAUGACGACUGUUUCCAAUGUGGUGAUGCGUCUUUGAUUAUUUAUUUAAAGAGAGCGAGAAAGCAAAUAUGUUUUCACGAAGCGCACGAUCUCCAUUAUAAAAAUUUAAAUCACCAGUAAAUAUUUAAUUAAAUUAAUUAACGUAAAUAAUUACUGAAUAUUGUAAGUGGAGUUGUUUUUUAGUGUUCUCUUAGUUUAUUUGCUGAUCGGCCACCGGUCGUUGUAGCUGAUUGAUGGAUCUCCAAGUGAUAAACUAAAAUAAAAACUAAAUAUGUGAAAUGUACAAAAAAAAAAAAAAAAAAAAUACCAGACAUCUAGAAAAAUUUCACGGAUCCUCAUUUUUAAAUGCUUUAAUAGUUGAAUGGCUCUUGUGUGAAAAAAAAAUUUAUGGAACGAUGACACGAUAAAAAAAAAUCUAUAUAUAAAUAUAUAAAUAAAUAUAUUAUUAUAUCUGGCCUUGUCUAUGCACUGAAAGCCAAUAUAAUCUGCGGGAAAUUAUACUACGGGAGUCUUGAUUUUAAAUAAAAUUUAAAAUUAGUUUUAUUUUAAAAUUAAAUAACAAAAAAAAAAAAAUAGAUAAUUUAAAGGAAGAGCAAAUGAAAAUUAUAAGUUUUAAGACUCUUGUCAUUCAUUUACUGCAGUUCGAUAUUAUAUAUGAAGUGGAGGGGGCGGUAUCUUUUUAGAUUAAUUAAAAAAAUAGGUGUAGCCUUGAGAUCGGGGCGAGUGUGCUAGUCUUUAUAAAGCCACCAUAAAUAUUUCAACAGAAUGCAACAAUUUUUUAUUGAUAAAAAAAAAAACAAUAUUUCAAUUGUUAUUAUUAUAUUUUUUAGUUUAUUGUAAUUUUAAAUUAUACGAAAUAAUUAAUUAAAAUCACAAAUUAUUCCUUGCACUGCGGAAUAAAUAUUUCUUUUAAUUAUUGUCUAGAUACUUGUGAUUUUAUUUAUAAUUAUCGAAGGAAAGAGUUAAUAUUUCAUAGUUAUUUAAGAGACGUCAAUCAUUGAACUUUUUUUCUUUUUUUAAAUUGUAUUUGAUAUUAACUACGACUAGUAGUGACUAAUUACCAAUUAUACUAGUCACAUAAGAGCAAUAAUACGACGUAUUGUUGUGCGGUUACGUGAAAAGCGACAAAAAAUAUUUAAUCCAUUUAUUUAUUAGUAAAAAAAAUUUAAUGGAAUUAAUAUAUAUUUAUAUAUAUAUAUAAUAUACCAAACGCAAUUAUCUGUAAUAAAUGUUGACAAAAAAAUGUGUCGCUUUUAAAUUAUAAAAUUAUUUAAAAAAAAAUUGUAUACCAAAAAGACAAAAUGCAAUAUUAAUGUUUAUAAAAUAUAAAUGUUUAUAAUCUAUAAUGAUAAUAAUAAUAAUGAACUAAUAGCUCUUUGUUUAUUGAUGUCUGGUGAUGAGUAAUAGACGGACUAGUAAUAAUUUGCGAUAAAUAUUAUUUAAUUGUCAUUAUAAUAAUUAAUUUAUGAAUAUCGCAAUUUUAGCUAAUGGAAAUCUAGUCACUGAGCUAAUUUAACCGCGUAAUUAACCAAGCAAUCAACUUCUCAAUUACUUAUUAAGUUAGCUAUAUAUAUUACCAAUCAAAUUUGUAAAAAAAGGCUUUAAGUGUUAGCCUUUAUAAAUAAUUAAAUUAAAUGAACAGAAGAGAUAGUAAAAUUAUAAUCAAUUAUUUGUGCCAUGAUUAAUUAUUUUCAAAAUUAUCUUUUAAUUGCAUUCAUUAUUAUUAUUAUUUUCUUUUUUUUCAAAUUGACAUACGUAAUAUAAAAUAUGUAAUAAAUUUACAGACAUAUGAGUCUUUUGUGAGCGCGAAAUUUUUUUGAAAGACUAGAUUUUUUAAAAUCUAAAAUAAUUAUUGAUUAAUUAAUUGAACUAAAUUAAUAAACUCUGAUUAAAAACUCCAAUUAAAUUCGAUUAAAAUUUUUUAAUCAGAUUCAAGACUAGUUUUUCAAACCAAGUUUUUUUUUAUCCGAGUUUAAAUUAAUAUUACUAGUAUACAUCAAUAAUAUAUAGAUAUACCAGCAGUAAUAAUUAAAAUCCGGAUUAAAAAUAAACCCGGUUUGAAAAACUGGCCCUCGAUCGGAAAAUGAUAAUUUUUUUCCCGAUUAACUUUCAAUCAGAUUCGUUCAAAACUUUUUAUGAAAUCCGAUCAGAAUUUUCCAAUUGGUUUCAAUUGGAAUUUUUAAUCAGGGAAAAUUUAAUAAACUUUCAUCAGUAUUAUGAUGAUAAUUUUAUCUUUUUAUUUUGUUUUAAACUAGUGCAAUAUUUAAUUUAUUUAUAAAUAAAACAAAAAUAAUAAUAAUAAAUUGGACAGCUAUCAGUUGUAUUAAAGGCCAAAUCAAUCAUAUAUAUUAUUCGUAUAACAAUUAUUAAUUAUUAUCAAUAAUUAGCGACUGAGCAGUAUUUAUAUAUAAACAAUUAACUAAUUUAAUCAAUUAAAUUUAUUAUUAUUAUUAAUUUGCUUCCAUAUUGAUAUUUAAAACGCAAUGUGCAAUUUAAUUCGCAGUUAAAUCUUAUAUUAUUUAUUUGUAUGAAAUGCUUUUUACUUUAAUUUUAAAAUAAUAUUGCACACGUAAAAUUAAAUUGAAUUGUCUAUUGAUUAAUAAAAUAAAAAUAAACAUAAAAUAAUUAACUGAAUUGUAUUUAAAAAAUAAAUAAUUAUAAAUAUUAAAUUAAUAGAUUAAAGUCAAAAAAAUGUUGCAUUCCGUUGACUAAACCGCCCAGCAUCAUUUAGGUUCUUGUACAUAUUAUUAUAAUACUGUACCGUAAUUGACUCAAUAUUAAAAUAAUUAUCACUGAAAAAUAAAAAAAAUUGAAUUAAAUGGAAAAUAAUUAAUUAACUGAUUAAUUAAAUCCGUAACUAUUUAUUAAUAAUUGUAUCUUUUCUCCGCUUUGUGAUCUACACAAUUAUAAAUAAGAUUUUAAAAACCAAUUAUCAGUAAAUGUGAAUUAUAACUGAUUUUGAAUUCUCUUGAUCCGCAAAAAAUUUAUAAGGAGAAGGAUAAUAAGUAAAAACAGAUUAAUAAUUAAUAUAAAUUGUAAUUAAGUCGUCCGCAAAAAAAAAAGAAAAAAAAAUAGUAAACAGAUGUCUAUGAAUAGUCGUUAGUUUAUUAUAAAAUCAUCAUUAAAUCAUUUUAUUUAAUUGGAGAGUAUUGAGAAGAUGAAACAGAUAUAAGCAAAGAAGAAAAAUAAAUAAAUAAAAUAAAAAUUAAUAGUGCUUGUAGCUUGAUACGUCAAUAAAUAAAGGAGAGUAUGUGGUUAUUGUUUUCAUAGAUUUUGGAUAAAUAUCGAGAUUACAGACAGUAGUUUUUAUUUUAUUGACCGCAAUCUCUGACGAUGUCUAUUUUUUUUUUCUUUUUAAUCAUCAAGUGUCAAAAGAUGCUGAAAGUAGCCGACAUCUGAGAAUUUUAGUGUUUUUAAUUACCAAGUUAAUUGUCAACAGAAAGUUUUUUAAAAAAUAUACACAAUAAAAUUGUUGAAAAUUCUUCACAUGGAUUUUUACAAAUUUUUGCUUGUCAGUAUUUCCAAGGCACACUUGCUCGCUAAAAAUGAAUUUGUGAAAUUCACUGCUAAUCAGUGGACAGUCACCAUUUCUCCAGCUUUAAGUAUACCACUAAUUCAAACAGUGUUAUACUCGUAGCUUUCUCCCAGUGCAUAUUCACUAAUUCGCAGUCAAUUUCACUAAUUAAUUUUUAGAGAGUGGCUUUAUGACAUCUAUUAGAUAUCAGUUUUGAGGCCUAUCAAUAAGGCACCAAAAUGAUGAGUGCGAAUGUUGCAGACAUCAGACGAAUUAAAAAUGAUUAAUAAAUAGAGUAAAUAAUUAAUAAAAUGGAAAUUUACUCUAUUUAUUUAUAAAUAUAAAUUUAUCUGAUGUCUGCUACAUUCACACUCAUUGGUUUUGAGACAAAAAAAAAUUCGUUGUCUUUUUAAAAGGCAUCUUUAUGACAUCUUAAAGUCGUUCUGUGCUACUUAGAUUAGUUUGUUUAUUAAAAAUACAUUUUUUUAAUUACUGCUACUUAUAGCAUCAGAGUGUCAACCUGUGGGCAUUGUCUAAGAUUGUCUUCAAUAAAUAUAAAACAAUUGUUUUGUAAGCCGUUUGAAAAAAGAUAAAAAAAAAAUAAGAAAACUUCAGAGUAUGGAUGUAGCAGAAAUGAGACAAUUUACAAAUUUUAAAUAAUGAAAUUUAAAUAAAAAAUGCACGUACUGAUUUUUCAUCGACUUACAUUUUAUUUAUGUAUUUAAAAAUUAAAAAAAAUUGACAAUUCUCAGCUACACUCACACUCAUGAAAACUACACUCGUGUUUCUCAAAACCUUCUUGAAAAUUUUCCCGCCUUGAGACUGAUAAAAACCAUGAUAAGAAGAAAUAUGACGUAGCAUUUGUUUUGUUGAGGUUGGUAACACUGGAGUAGAAUCUAACCAAUCGUGUUAUUGUUUAUUAUAUCAUUUGUUUACAGGCUGAGUAUUACUAUAAAAAUAAAAUAAUGAAAAAUAAAUACGCAUAAUUGGUAUAAUCCAUGUAAUUAAUAAAAUUUUGAAUUUUGAGCAACGAAUAAAAUCAUUUCAAACUAA